GCAGGCUCUUAGUCACGUGACUCGGGCCCUGAAGAAGGAGGCGUGGUCGGGGUCCCUGCCCCUUUCUGCGGCAAAGGUACGCCCGACUAUUGUGCCCGUCGCUCCCAGGUGGGUACCCCAACCCCGGUGGACGGCGGGAAAAAACCUGAGGCCCGGCCCAGCUGCUCCAUCCGUCCAUUCUUCCUCCCGCCUAAUCAGCCAUCUAUCCAUUCAUCCAACUCCGCCUUCCCUUGUGGGGCUGCUGUGUUUAAGGCAAGAGGUGGAAGGGGUUGAGCCGGGGAGCUUCACGGGAUCUCUCCGGAAAUGAAAGAGAGAGCAUUUUGGGCAGAGGGAACAGCCAGUGCAAAGGCCCCGAGGCAGAUGGUGACUGGCUGGUUCUGAGGAACAGCAUAGAGGCUGGUGUGGCAAAUAGCAGAGUGAGCAAGAGGACCAUUUGGGCCAUCAAGGAGUGUGGCUUUUGUCCUAAAUAUCAAGGAGGAUUUUCAGCAGGGAGAGGCCUGUGCCGGCCACCCCCUCUCUCACCACAGACUCAAGAAGGGACAUGAAGGUGCUGCUCCUCACUGGCCUGGGAGCCCUGUUCUUCACCUACUACUGGGCUGACAACUUCGACCCAGCUAGCCUCCAGGGAGCCCGGGUGCUGCUGACAGGGGCCAGUGCAGGCGUUGGGGAGGAGCUGGCAUAUCACUAUGCCCGUCUGGGCUCCCACCUGGUGCUCACUGCGCACACUGAGGCUCUUCUGCAAAAGGUGGUAGGGAACUGCCGGAAGCUGGGCGCUCCCAAGGUCUUCUACAUUGCUGCGGACAUGGCCUCCCCUGAGGUGCCGGAGCGCGUGGUGCAGUUUGCGCUGGACAAGCUGGGUGGGCUGGACUACCUCGUGCUGAACCACCUUGGUGCUGCCCCAGCAGGCACACAGGCCCUCAGUGCCCAGGGGACAAGCUGGCUCAUGCAGGUGAACUUCCUGAGUUAUGUGCAACUGACUUCGUUGGCGCUGCCCAGUCUGACGGACAGCAAGGGCUCCCUGGUGGUGGUGUCCUCGCUGCUCGGCCGCGUGCCCACGUCCUUCUCUAGCCCCUAUUCAGCAGCUAAGUUCGCACUGGACAGUUUCUUCGGCUCCCUGCGGCGAGAGCUGGACGUGCAGGACGUGAAUGUGGCCAUCACCAUGUGCAUCCUGGGCCUCCAGGAUCGUGCCUCAGUUGCCGAGGGAGUCAGGGGUGUCACAAGGGCCAAAUCGGCCCUGGGACCCAAGGCAGCCUUAGCUGUGAUUCGCGGCAGUGCCACGCGCACCUCCUGCGUCUUCUACCCCUGGCGCUUCCACGUGCUCUGCCUGCUUCGGGCCUGGCUGCCUCACCCAAAAGCCUGGUUCAUCCGUGAGGAGCUCAAUGUCUCUGUCACUGCUGCUGCCUGAGCUGGAGGUGGAGCCGGUUCAUCUUCUCAGAGGGGGACCCUUCAUCUAGCCAUCCUGAAGGAGGGACACAAAAAUCACACCUCUGGGAGGGUGGCCAUAGCUGAAGGUAGUGUCAUCCAGACAAAAAGGGAAAACCUAGAAAAACUACCAGCACCUGGAAACAAUGAAAUCUGUCCGUGUGAGAGCAGCUUCUGUGUGGCACUACCUUGUCAGGGACGGGGAAGGCACUACCUCAGUCUUGGUUGUCAUCGUUGAUGUGAUCACCGCUUCCGUUUCGCAGAUGGGGAAGCUAAGGCUCAGAGAGGUGAUGUGGCGAGUCAGCCCUAGGCCCUGGCCACUUCAAACAGGGCACACCAGCUACUGAGCCACCCUUGGACACUUCUCUGCCUCCCACCCAGAACCACCUGAUUUGUCCCUCCAUUCACUCAGUCUGGGAGUAUCACCCAACCCUUGUGUCCCCAAGCAAGGGAGCACCACAAAGCUAUCUACUGAGUGGUGGGGUCUGAGGAGGGGGAGGAGGAAAAGAAUAUGUUCUGUGCUGGACCCAGCUUCCCUUUUCAUAAUAAAAAUCCUUUUUCUUUUGCA